AUGCACAAGAAACGCGAGCUCGGCGACGACUCUUCGGACGAGGACUCCGUCCCGCUGUCGAAACGCUUCAAGAAAGUUAAAGACGAAGCCCCUGCUGCUGCUGCUGCUACCACGCCUGCAGCAGCAGCAGCAGCAGCGGCAGCAGAUGCUGCUAUGGAUACAGAAAAUCAAGUAAAUGAGAAAGAAGAUGCUGCAGAGUCUGCUGUGAAGGAGGAGAGCAGCAGCAGCAGCAGCAGCAGCAGCAACAGCAGCAGCAGCACGACUAGCACCAGCAACGGGAGCAGCAAUAGCAAUGGCAGUGCUCCUGCUGCUGCAGCAGCAGCAGCAAAGCCUGCAGCAGCAGCAGUAAGUGGAUCUCUUGCUGCUGCUCUGCGGAACGUGAAGGCUGAGGCAUCACGCGAAGCCUCUCCCCCCCCAGCAGCAGCAGCAGCAGCAGCAGCAGCAGCAACAGCAACAUCAGGAGGAGCAGCAGCAGCAGCAGCAACAUCUCCAGCAGCAGCAGCAACAGCAGCAGCAGCUAAAAAAGAAUUGAAUAGACCUUCUGCUUCUCCUUCGCCAGGGCUCCCUCGACGCCGCAACAAAUACACAAAAACUGAAGAAAACUUUGAACCUAUCUCUCGGUGGUGGGAGAAGGAUCUGUCUCAGCUUGAGAACAACGUUGUGCAGUGGCAGUACUUAGAACAUAACGGUUUAAUGUUUGCUCCUCCUUACGAACCGCACGGGGUUUGCAUUGAUUAUAAAGGACAGACAGUGUCUCUGCCCCCGGAAGCAGAAGAAGUUGCAAACUUCUGGUGUGGGGUUUUGGAGAGUGACUACGCGACGAAGAUCCGGUUUGUUCGGAAUUUUUGGCGAGCAUUUUUAUCGAAGCUGCCGGAUGAUCAUUUGAUAAAGAAAGAUCCGAGACAUACUCAAGUGCGUUUAAUUAAUCAGCCUGCUGCUGAUGCUGCUGCUGCUGCUGAGGGAGAUGCAGCAGCAGACGCUGCUGCUGCUCCUGCAGCAGCAGCUGCAGCAGCAGCAGCAGCAGCAGCACCAGAUGCUGGCGGCUUCGAAGUCUGCGAUUUCUCUAGAAUUAAAAAGCACCUUGAUGCUCUCAAAGAAGCAAAGAAAAACCUCUCUAAAGAAGAAAAAGAG